AUGACCGCACGCCACUCCUGCCACUUCUUUUAUGCUUCGCUACGUAGCGGUCUGUCGAGGACGGCGCUCCAUCCGACUACGGUAGCUGCCGCCGCGAUGAACCGCACCUCUGCUGUCUUCAUUGACUGGAUGCAUGACGGCAACUCCGCGCUUCACGGCGAUGUUGUGGUAUGGCUGCGCAUUCUCGCAGAUACCCAAGACAGUUCCCUCUUGAAAAGUGCAGCUGCGUCCUCCUUCGCUCUUCUAGCCGGCUGCUCAGUUGUCCUUCCGUGCCCGCGUGGUGCCGCUGCGUUGGUACCGCGCGGUGCUGCUGUUUUUGUGGACGGGGCAGCGGAGAAUGAGCUGCGUGUCGUGUACGCGUGUGAGGGUCCACGGAGGGUGUCCCUCCACGAACGAGUCUAUGACUGGAUGGCGCAUCAGCUGGUGUAUGUGAGGGAACGGGUGCUGCUCGCCGUGGACGGUGGCGCGCCGCCUUUCGCAGUCCACUUUGCCGUGGGGAGCAGCGCUCAGUCCGGUCUCGUUGUUGUGCAGUCGGAGCAGAACACAAACGUGUUUCACGUGCGCACCACACUCGCUGUGCACGAGGGCCUCGUGCCACUCAUUGCAGAGUUGCAGACACGAUGGAGUCCGGCGAGUGGCGAACGGCGGCGUCAUUCCUUUCAGCACGGAUGUCUCACAGAAAACAUAAUGGGUAUUGUCUCGUACGACCCUGAUCGACACACCUCCGCCUUUCACGUGGCGGCGUUGCUGUCCCCGCAGCGCCCAUCUUCAUCCUCCACGCCGACGCGUGCGCUGCUGGACAUGACGACGCCUGCGCUGUACGACGCCGACGGCGACCUCCUCGCCUCCUGCGGUCUGGCGCAGCGGCUUGUCUACACUCGAUGUACGCUAACUCGCACGCACCUCCAGCUCCUGCCGCUCAUUGAGCACACCAGAGUUGCGUUGGAGGUUCGAGUGGAGGGCGCUGUAGCGGGUGGGAUACACGCUCCUGGCAGCGCGACAUGGCGUGUUUGCGGAAGGCAGCGAUAUGAAGGUGUUGUACGCAGGCAGCUGUUAGUGGACACGGCGGAGUGGUCGGUGGAGCCUCUUCAGAAAGUGUGGAGCAGUCCCAUAUUUGCUGCAGCAUCAACGGACGGCUCUGAGGGUUCACGGAUGGUACGGCAGCUCGCGGCGACGCCUGUUUUAGUGGGCGAGCGACGGGCUAUUUCGUCCUCAGCGAAAUGGCACACCGUGCGGCUCCCUUUGCCCUCUGCCCCAACCAGCGAGAGACGAGAGUAUUCUCUUACCACCUCUUUCCUGCCCAUCGUGACUCCCCACGCUGACGCAGUAGAAACGGUGUUUUUGUCAGCACAGUGCCGCCAUAUGGCAGCGACGUGGUGGCAGCCCCCACCGUUGCUGCCGUCCCGUAUCCUGUGCGCUGUGACGUACUGCAGCAUGUCCGAGUGGCUUCUGAUCGCCGUGGCGGCCUGCGCGCUUUCGUUGCUACUUCGCCUGUCUCUGCGAUGCAGCGUGACUCGGCGAUUGCGCCGGUGUGCAGGCGUGUGA